UGUCUGCUCAGCACGCUGACCAGGGCCACGGUGAACAAGCUGUAGCACCUCCUCUGCCCAUAAGCACUCUGCCACCACACUCUGUAAGACUGGCACCCGCCGAGAUGCAGGCCCAGGGGGUCACAGGGAGGAAGCGAGGGCGGCCGCCCCUCCACUCCACGCCUAGGAAGAUGCCAGUUCACAGCCUUUUCUCUGCUCCUGCCUCUCUGCCAGCAGUGAAGAUCCCAAAGAGAAGAGGGCGGAAACCAGGACACAAGCUCAAGUCUCGGAUUCUCAUGACUCCUUUAGCCCUCUCACCCCCACGGAGCACCCCAGAGCCUGACCUCAGCUCCAUCCCUCAGGAUGCAGCCACUGUGCCCAGGGUGGUGGCUCCCCAGGCGCUCACAGUCUGUCUGUAUAUUAACAAACGUGCCAACGCGGGGCCCUACCUGGAGAGGCAGAAGGUGCAGCAGCUCCCCGAGCGCCUGGGGCCCGAGCGGCCAGCCACUGUCCUCCAGCAGGCCGUGCAAGCAUGCAUUGACUGCGCCCACCAGCAGAAGCGCGUCUUCGCCCUGGUGAAGCAGGGCCACAGUGGCGAGCUGGUGUCAGUCUCUGCGUCCUUCGAUGGGAAGCAGCACCUGCGGAGCCUGCCCGUGGUGAACAGCGUGGGCUACGUCCUCCGCUUCUUGGCCAAGCUGUGCCGCAGCCUUCUGUGUGAUGACCUCUUCAGCCAUCGGCCCUUCCGUGAGACCCCUGGCCCCUCUGAGAAGGCCUUGGAGAGAGAAGCAGGUAGGAUGGAGCCAGCCAAGACAGUCACCAUGGAAGAGUGCCUGGGGAGGCCCACAGGCAUGAACCGCUACAGCCUGGACCCCUGCUCCACCGCCUUCCACCACAGGGGCUUGUUGCUGCCUUCCUCGCUGCACUGCAAGAAGCUGAGCCCUGGAGACUGCCAUCUUGGGGGAGGCCCUGCUGCCGCUGUCACCAGCAUUCCUCGCACUGGCCCUGGGCCUUCUGCAGGCUCCUCAGCACCUGGCCUGAGGGCUCCUGCCUCCAGCCCCAAGGGAAACGGGACUUGUCUCGAAGGAAACAGAUGUGCCUCGAGCCUCCCUGCAGAUGGCCAGGACAGCAGGCUGCUGAGAACCAGAAACCCUUCCACUUGGACCGUGGAAGACGUGGUCCGGUUCGUGAAGGACGCUGACCCGCAGGCUCUGGGACCACAUGUGGAGCUCUUCAGAAAGCAUGAGAUCGAUGGGAAUGCUCUUUUGCUGCUGAAGAGUGAUAUGGUCAUGAAGUACCUAGGCCUGAAGCUGGGACCUGCGCUGAAGCUCUGCUACCACAUCGACAAACUGAAGCAGGCCAAGUUCUAAGAUCAACUGACAGAAGCAAAAUCCAAGACAACAGAGCUCAAGAUUUCUGUCUGCCUUGCCCACACCCAGCUACCGUCAUGAAGUAGUCUCUUCUGAAAAUGAACACUCACAAAGACUUGGCCUUUGUAUAAAACAUGUGUAUCUUUGCCUUUUUAUUCAAUGUGGUUCUUUUUGAAAGGCUCUCAUGUUUUACUGACCUGCCAAAAAAAAAAAUUACCAAAAAAUCUGUUACUGUUAACCUUCUUGAUUUUUUUGUUGGUUGUUCAUAGAAUGGGUGCUGUUUGUGUAAUGAGGUAGUGGGGGAAGGAGAGUUGUUGCUUAAGGUGAGCCAUUGAAGGUUCAAGGGCCCUGAGGAAGAUUUUGUCACCUGUGGACGGUACAGAGCUAUUAGCCCUCACAGCACCCCUGCCU